UUGUGAUUUUUUUCUUAAAAAUUUCAGUGAUAAAAAAAAAUGCCAGGAAUAGCUUCCCCUUCCACUCCACCUCCACAACAAUCGGCGGGAUAACGGACUUCCUGCCUUCACCCAUCCAUCACUAUUUUCUAACUGUCAACAAUACUUCCUCUGUUCCCUUCCUUUUCUUCUUCCCCUUCUCCUUCUAUUAUUAGCCUCCUGAAAUCUGCAAUCAGAGCGCAUCUCAGUUUCUGGAUUUCAGAAGAAGGUCAGGGAAACCAUAGCCGGGGAGGAGAAGGGGUAAAAGAGCAGAAGAGGCGAAAAAAAAAACCCACCGGAUUUUGAUUUUCGCUUCGCCGGUGUGCAGUGGCGUGCGCUCUGGCGAACAGAAAACAAAAUUUCAUCGCUAAUAACUGAACUAUAUUCUUCGGCAGAUUUCAGGUAAUUUACAUCGCCUCACCGAUAUCUUUAAUCUUUGCCUUUUCCUUGUUGGGAACCCUAAAAACAAAAACAAAAAAAAACCCAAUCGGUUACUGAUCGAACUCUUCCUCUGGUUUUAGUGUCCAAAGGGAACGUAAAACUCUAUUGGGUCUCUCAAUUCAAAGAGAUGGAUAGGUGGGUCUCGCUGAUUGGAAAUCUAACGACGAGCAGAGUCGCCAAACACAAUGGUGCGCUUAUUGAUCUCUUUCGCGGGAUUCAUGGGUGUAGUAAUUAAUGGUGUUUUAUGUUUACAGAAUUGUGUGUUUGAUUUUCAUUUUUGUUUAUAGCAGGGGAAGGAGGUUUCGUUUAAUUGGGAAGCUGCUAUCUUUCCCCUUUGCUCAAACAAGGGUUGGCGUCACUUCUGCAAAAUUCCAUUCCAACUCCCAAGUAUUUUUGUGAUUUGGGAGGGGUUUGUGGAUGAUUUUUGACAAAGAAAGAAAUUUUUGCAAUUGUUUUUUUGUUUUUGCGAUUAUUGUUUUUUUCUGGCUGAAUCUUUAUACUUAACGAAGAAUAACAAUGGAGUCGAGUGAUGGGUUUGUAUCAAAAGAACAACUGGAGCUUGCGAAAUCUGCUCUGGAAAGUGCAGAUCCUUCAUCUGUUUCUUAUAUGGAUGGACAUCCUAAGAAAGGUGCUUCUGGAGGGAAAGGAACAUUGGAUGGGUUACAUGAUCCUACAGAGGAUGCAUCAUUGUACAAUAAUGAUCCAAACUAUGAUAGCACAGAGGAACAAGAUGGAGAUCAAAUAAUAAAAGGAACCCCAAUAAAACUAGACGGCUACAAAAGGAAAGCUACUGUUAUAGUGGAAGAAUACUUUGCAACUGACGAUGUUGUAUCAACAGCAAACGAACUGAGGGAACUAAAGUUGCCCAGUUAUAGUUAUUACUUUGUCAAGAAACUAGUGUCCAUGGCAAUGGACCGACAUGAUAAAGAAAAAGAAAUGACUGCUGUUCUUUUAUCCGCUCUCUAUGCAGAGGUCAUCGACCCUUCCCAAGUUUAUAAAGGUUUCAGAAAAUUGGUGGAAUCUGCAGAUGACUUGAUUGUAGACAUACCCGAAGCAGUCGAUGUUCUUGCCUUGUUCAUAGCCAGAGCUGUGGUCGAUGACAUACUCCCCCCUGUAUUCUUGAAAAAGCAACUCGCUUCUUUACCUGCAGAUUCUAAAGGGAUCGAUGUGUUGAGGAGAGCUGAAAAGGGUUAUUUAGCAGCUCCGCUCCACUCUGAGAUUAUUGAGAGAAGAUGGGAAAGCAACAUGAAUAAAACGGUUGAUGAUGUGAAGGUAAAAAUAAACAACUUGUUGGUAGAGUAUAUAGCAAGUGGUGAUACGAAGGAGGCUUGCAGAUGCAUCAAGGAACUGAAAGUUCCCUUCUUUCACCAUGAGAUAGUCAAACGAGCCCUUGUUAUGGCCAUGGAGAGACGGGCAGUCGAAAGCCGGUUGCUAGAUUUGCUCAAGAAAACAGCUGAAGAAGGUCUGAUCAAUUCCAGUCAGGUCACAAAGGGGUUUAGCAGGAUGAUAGAUGUUGUUGAUGAUUUGUCGCUUGACAUUCCAGAUGCAAGAGGGAUUCUGAAAUCCUUGAUAUCUAAUGCCGCAUCAGAAGGCUGGUUGUCCGCCUCUUCUUUGAAAUCACUCUCACCACCAUCUCCAAAAGAAUCUGUGGAAGGUGCUGCAAAGAAAUUCAAGAUGAAGGCACAAUCCAUCAUUCAAGAGUAUUUCUUGUCAAGUGAUGUAGCAGAGGUGAGUGAUUGUAUUGAAUUUGAGAACAGUUCUUGCUCGCCUGACCUAAAUGCCAUGUUCAUCAAAAGGCUAGUGACUCUAGCAAUGGAUAGAAAGAAUCGGGAGAAAGAAAUGGCUUCUGUGUUACUAUCUUCUUUAUGUUUCCCUACAGAUGAUGUUGUGCAUGGAUUUGUUAUGCUUAUAGAAUCUGCAGACGACACUGUUUUAGAUAACCCAAUUGUAGUCGAGGAUCUUGGAAUGUUUUUAGCUAGGGCUGUGGUGGAUGAAGUCAUAGCCCCACAACAGCUGGAGGAAAUCGGUAGUCAAUUCCUUGGCACGGAGUCUACAGGGAACAAAGUCCUCCAAAUGGCCAAGUCCUUGCUAAAGGCUAGGCUUGCUGGAGAGAGGAUCUUGAGGUGCUGGGGUGGUGGAGGAAGCAGCAGCAAGAAUGGAUGUGCGGUUGAGGAUGUUAAGGACAAGAUUGGCAAGUUGCUGGAAGAGUUUGAAUCUGGUGGGGACAUAAGGGAAGCUUGCCGUUGCAUUAAAGAACUCGGGAUGCCCUUUUUCCACCAUGAAGUGGUGAAGAAAGCACUGGUGAAAAUCAUGGAGAGCAAGAGUGAGAAGCUGUGGGGUUUGCUUAACGAGGGGUUUCGUUCUGGACUCAUAACGUCGUAUCAAAUGACGAAGGGUUUCGGGAGAGUUGCGGAGUCUAUGGAGGAUUUGAGAUUGGAUGUUCCUGAUGCUGAGAAACAAUUCGAGUACUAUAUCGAGAAAGCUAAACUCACAGGGUGGCUGGAUUCAUCAUUUGGAAUUGGUCCUACUACCAAAUCAAGUUUUGUUAAGGAGAAUGGCAUAAAUGUAUGAUUAACAGGUAACGAAUUUCGUACUUUUUGUUGAAUCUGGCAAUCCAUAUGUUGAAUGGCGUAGGCCUCAACACAAGCAGGCAUCAUCAGUCUAAGAUCAAUCUGAUUGCGUGAUUUGAUGGGGGUCGGCUGUACUGAUGCUUAUCUUAUCCACAUCCUGAUUUGCUUCUGAUUCUUUUUGUGUUUGCAGGUUUUUGGUUUCGCGGUUGGGUUUUGUCAAUGAAGGUUCCAUAAUCCAUCAAAUUGCUACGAAGAGAACUAGCUGGAUUUUGUUUGCUUGGUUUGUCUUUCAGUUUCAGAGUUCUUUUUUGGUCUUAUGUGACACCAUCUAGGAUUUAGCACACCUUUUACAUUACUUCAAGGAAAAAGAGUACUUUAUGGAAGAGAACAUUACCAGAUGGAACUAGAACCAUCUCUAUGUUGCUAACAUUUAUACAAUAGACUGAGAGAUAGGUACGUAGUUUUCCAUUUCUUUUAGUUCAAAAUUUUUUGGGGGUUCAGUCGUGUAUUUGUUUGGAAUAACUUCACCAUUGUGUGAGAGUUGUAGUAUGUUAAAUCUCUUUUUGCCCAACUCUCUUGUUUUAUACUGUUAUGCCAUGAAAUGAUAGUGCCACAUUUCACCUUAUGUACCUUGAGCAACAAGAUUAUGCUUACCCAUGUCAAUACAGGUGAUAGGCUUCUCAAUGGAGGUCACAAAUGCGUUACUCGAUGAUAACGUGGUUCGUAGAUUGUUGAAGAUCAAUAGUAUUCUUGGGUAUGGUUUUGGAAGUUAGUUUUGUCUAAAACUUGGGUGCCAAAUUACAAAACAACAGCAUUAAAUUAGUUUGUCAAUGAAGAAAACAUGCAUAC